AUGUGGGGGUCCAUACUUUCAGCAUUCACAUCAGACAUACCAAGGGAUUUUCCAUACAACGUUGAUAGGACAGGACUCAUAAAGGAUGAAUUAACCAUACUUCAAAGAACCAUCGCGACGCACAAAUCCGACGAUCACUACAUAGUUACACCACCCCAACGUGCCCUGAUUGAAGUGAAUGGUAGAACACAGGCGAAUGCAUAUGUUUAUGACAAGAAGACAGGUAGCCCAGAGGAGAUGGAGUUGGUGCAAAGGAUCGUUAAGAACGCCAAGACGGUAAGGCAUCCGUUUAUCGUAAGUGUGUUAGAAGUAUUGGAGACUACGGCGGCUUUUUACGUAAUAACCGAAAAGGUGACGAAACUAAGCGAAUGUCUUAUUGAUCCGGACGCUACAUCACUUGCGGGCGAGACGAUGCCCUGGAACCUGAAAUGCGUCUCUGAAGCGAUACAAUUCUUGCAUGAGACUGCUAACCUGACUCACGGCUCACUAUCCAUUGAGAGUAUUUGCUGUUGCGUUGACGGCCAAUGGAAAAUUUGUCUAAUGGAAACAGCUGUAGAGGCUAGAAGUGUUGACGACGCUUUGGUUUCAUCACCAAGAUCGGAUAAUUUUGAAUGGAGUAGACACAUUUCCUCAUGCUCAUACUUUACUACCCCUAUUGUCGGUGUAAUGGGCUUCUUUAAGGAUUUUGCUUUGAAGGGCAACUGGGAUAAGGAGCGGUUCCUAGAUAGUACCUUAAAUGACGCGAUUUCUCAGCAGCCGGUGAUUGUACAAACACGUGUGCUAUUGCCGCGCGUUGCGCGCUUAUUUCGAGAGGAGUCGUUGUUGCCGACUACCCUUCGUCCGGCGGCUCUUCGAUGCUUUGCCAGAUUAUUGGGCAAUGCAGGAUCUUAUUCUGAGGCUGAGUUCAAUUCAUUAGCGUGGCCCAGUGUUUUGGAACUGUUCAAAGACCCGCAAAGGAGUACCCGUUACAUCAUGCUCCAGACGUUGGGUCGCUAUGAGAAUCUGCUAAGUCAGAGUCAAGACGAGGCGUUGUUGCAGCUUAUAUUACCGGGACUGUUGGAUACUUCGAUGGAGUUACGAGACGUAACCUUGCGAUCGGUUGCCUCAAUAAUUCCUCGACUUCCAGUAAAGAGCACGAUCGUGAACAAUGCUCUCAAGACAAUUAUGGGAUUAAUACAACAGGAUGCUUCGGAACAGAUACGGACAAACGGGGUGAUCUGCUUAAGUCGACUCGCCACUUUUUUCCCCGCCGACAAGAUAGCGCCAGGAGUCAUAGUUGGCGUUAACGACUCUUUUCCGCCCUGCCGCCUGGCUGCAAUUCAGUGCAUCCAGAACAUCGCAGGCUCCCUCUCGCCCAAGGAAACAGCCAACUCGUACAUACCGACCGUGUCCCGACACCUACUGGACAGUGAUCCCGAAUGUUCCCGAGCAGCGUAUCAUGCCCUGCGGGAACUCAUCGAAAAAUGGUCUCCCGAUCAUGUCGCCAAGGUGCCCGAGUCAAGAGGCACUUUCUUCAAAAUCUCCAACGACCGGAUCUAUUCCACCCUUUGGGGUCGCAAGAACACUUCCACACCACCGACCAAGGACACCGAUGUGAGGAAACAGUCGGAUGAAGACGGCGCCGUCUUCGAGGACGCAAUUUCACCCGACGUUAACAGCGGCAUCACCAGCCACAAACCAGGGGUGGACGUUGACCUCGGAAUGAUCGCCAACUCCGGACCGUACCAGGACGCGUCCGGUGGUAUCCGACUAGUUCCUGCUCCGCCAGUUCCUCAGGCUCCGCCGUCUGCUCAGCCAGAUUCGCUGGAGCAUAACCAGACACGACGGCAACCUGAUGCAACCGAAGCGCCGGUGGGCCGACGUAAUUCCCGAGUGUAUUCGGCCUCAGUCGGUCUUCCAGACAAGGGUCAGCCACAAGACAAGGGUACUCGACCGGAAUUAAGAAGUGGCGACCUGGCACCACCCAAUAAGGACGCACUAAACAAGGACGCACUGAACAAAGACCCCACCUGGGGACCCGCGGGACUGAACAAGACAGCCAGCGUGGGGUGGCUGGCGCCAGAUCUUACAGGGCCCAGCCCCGGCUCGGACAAAACGGAAACUGACUUUUGGAACGGGAUGGAUGGCGACGGACUGGACCGAAAUCGCGUUAUGAAACGAAGCUUGAAGACUAAGCGAAGACCUGCCGCCGUGGAAUAA